GGUCGCCAUUCUUUGUGCUUUUCGAAUUUGUCGUUUUUCCCUUGAUUUUUGCGCUACAGCCCUUCGUUAGGUUAAUCCUACCGUCGUAAGUUGUUCCGUAUAGCAUUGAGUAUCUUUUGUGUGUGUUUUUGUCCGCAGAUGGGGUGGAUUCUUGAAGAAAACUUGAGUUUUUUCAAGAGGAUGUGUCUUGGUCCACACCCCAGGGUUUGAACAACAUGGCGACGUUUGUUCUCUGAGAAGAAGACAUACAACUCAGAUGCGUACGUUGAUCGGAGAUUUUCACCCCCGAGAGAAGAAAAUUAUUUCCUCUUAUUCUUUUCUAUACACCUCUCAUAUAGUCUUGAGCAAUAUUUGAUACAUUUGGUUGACGUUUCUGGGCGAUUCACGUGGAAGAGAGCCAGUAAGGCCGGAAGCAGGCUAGGAAAGAAACACUGUAUUGACUCUUGAACUUGAACUUGGACGUCACAACAAGUCACAACCAGUCCAUAUAGCAAACAUGCCAGAGGACAAGGACAGAAUGAACCCGUAUGAGUUCCUGAAGGGCUUGUCCCAUCUGCUCGGUGAGGAGGGAGACAUAAAGAGUCCCCAGGAAGUCCUCAAAAUAGUCACGGAAAUGAAGGCCACCAAGAAGUUAGUAGGCAGAUGUUGUUUUCUCAACAUUUUGAGGGCGACAAAAUCAGAAGAAACAUUGUCAAAGUUUGUAGAGAUUGGAGGCUGGGGAAUCAUGAACUCUUGGCUAACUGAUGCCAAGGACACAAAUAACGUUCCCCUGCUACAAGAAGUUCUCAAGGUUCUCAAGCACAUGCCUGUCACCAUAGAGCAGCUUAAGAAGAACAACACUGCAAAAGUUGUGAAACAACUCAGCAAAACAUCAGACAAUGAAAAAACCAAGAGUAUGGCCAGCAGUUUAGUGACAUACUGGAUGAACAUGAUCCAUGCCAAGGGCAAAGGAGGUUCGGAAAAGACUAACAAAAAGCACCACCAUAAGAGACAUCAUGAAGAUUCCAAAGACUCUAAAACCUCCUCUGAAAAGACUGCAUCUUCAGCAGAACCAGAAAAGCCCAAGAAAGCCAGGUCGACUAAAGUUCGAGCUCCUUCAUUUGCCAAGACAAGAUCAACAGGACUUGAGGAAGAGACCAAACUGCCAGCUCCCGUAAAGAAGUCUGGUUCUAUAGACAAGAGACCAGGUAGUUCUAUACCUGCGGCAAAGAGACCAAGUUCUCCCAUAGAUAAGCUGUUAACUCCACCAGAGAAGAAACACAGACCUCAGCCUCUGAACAGAACUAGCAACUCACCAGUACAAGCUAAGGUCAAGAUCAUCCCUGCAAAACCUUUUGUUGCCAUGGAUGACACAGGGUUCAUGGAAGCUCUAAGUGCCAAUACUGCAAAGUCUCACGUUAUCAAGGUGAAGAAGAAGCCCAAAAAUGCCAAACCAGGAACCCCCACCUCCCCCACGGCGCCCAAGGGGAACCCCCUGGGUGGGGAGGACCGCCCCAGGACCCCCUCCCCGGUAGAUGGAGAACUGAAAGAGGAGAGACCAGGCACACCCAUUGAGGAGGCCAUGGAUAGUGAGUUCCACAAACCAACUAAGGCAGAGGAAGCUGAAAGGAAAGCAGAGGAAGACCUGGAGCCCCCUGAGCCGUACAAGGGAGGCAGUAUCCUGGUCUCUCACAGGAGAAAGAACAGGAGGAAAAAGUCUGUUAAAUGGGCCGUGGACGAUGCACUGAAGGAGGUGUUCUACUUUGAGAUGGAUGAGUCUGAGAGAGCCAAUGUGAACGUUCAGAACUUCCAGGAGGCAGCCCACAGAGAGAUGUUACUGGAGAGACAGGCCAUGGAGACGGCCAAGAGACUCAGCGCAGACGAAAUGAUAGAAAAGAAAGGAUGGAAGCCUCCCCCGAGGUUAGACAUGCCCCCAUCUACAGUAGAGCAUGGCUACCAGAGUGUACAGAGAGACAUACAGAAGGAGAGGGAACAGUGUGUACUGCAAGAACUCUUCUUCUCCAAGUCUAGUCUUCCAGAUAGCCCUCAUGAGCCUGACCCGGAGCCUUACACAAGGGAAGAACCUAAGAUCAUACCGUUGGAUGAGGAAAUGGUACCAGAAGUGGACUUCUUUGAGCCGCCCCCCUUCCAGCCUACAGUUGAGGAGGAGGAGCUACAGCAGCUCCAGAGACCACCCCCUCAGCAACAGAUGCUCCCAGACCAGGGGGGUGUCAACCCUCUGGCAGGGGUGAACCUGCCCCCUGCUCUAGCCAACCUGAUGCAAUCCAUGCAGAAGAAGCCAACUCCAACCUCACAGGCCCAGCCACAGACAUCGCAGCCCAACCCAGGAGGCUUCAACUUACUAUCCUCUCUUAUGGUGCCACUAGUUGAGGAGUUGCUCAGGGUCCACAUCAGCAGUACAUGUAGACAGGGAGGACCCGGGGGAGAACACCCUGGCCCAGAACAGAGCCCUAACCAGGACCCAGAACUGUUAACCACUCAACUGAAGGACAUCCUCAACAAGGUACAGGGAGGUCCAGCCGGGAUGGGACCACCAGGUGGACCACAGGGGCCAGGCAUGCACCCGAUGCCGAUGGAUGGACAGCCGGGCCCCAUGGGUAACGGCUUGGUACGGGGAGGUCCGUUUGACCACCAGGGACCAAUGGGACCAGGCGGGCCUCAGAUGGGACCUUUUCCAGGAAACCAGAAUGGCCCACCACCGUUUGGUCCUGACGGGGGGCCUCCACCAUUCCAGGGGGGUCCGAGAGGCCCUCCCCCCAUGAUGCACCCCCCUGGCCCAGGUCCACAGUGGCCCGGCCCUCGGGGGCCACCCAGGGGGCCGAUGCGGGGCAGACCAUUCCAGGGGAGGGGGAGAGGCCGGGGGAGAGGUGACAGGUCCCACAUGCCCGUGUGCCGACACUUUAUGUCUCAGACCGGCUGCAGAUUCGAGGGCGCCUGUACCUUCUACCAUCCAGGUGUCAACGGACCCCCACUACCGCAUUAA